CAUUGAUCAACGUAUAAAGUGAGGUUAGUUUUGUGAUAUUAAUAUUUCGCCUUUUUCUAUAAUAAUUAUCAACAAUUUAAAGCGAGUAAAAUGGUUUCUAUUAUAAAUUCAAUCGACACAGGACAUGAAGAUAUAAUACACGAUGCAGAAGUAGAUUAUUACGGAUUACGUUUAGCUACUUGUUCAUCAGAUAAUACAAUCAAAGUAUACGAUAUCAAAAGUGGCGCAUUCUCAUUACUCGACGACUUAAAAGGCCACUGCGGUCCCGUAUGGCAAAUAACCUGGAGCCACCCGAAGUUCGGCAACCUGCUGGCCUCCUGCUCGUACGACCGCAAGGUGAUCAUCUGGAAGAGCAAAGAACAGCAACGGAAAUGGCUGAAGCACUACGAAUACGCCAACCACGAUUCGAGCGUGAAUUCCGUGCAAUUCGCCCCGGCCGACCUCGGCCUGAUGCUGGCCUGCGGCAGCAGCGACGGCUCCAUAUCCGUGCUGCGCUACAACCCGUCCGGCAACGCCUGGGAGGCCCGGAAGAUCCAGAACGCGCACGCGAUCGGCUGCAACGCCGUCAGCUGGGCCCCCGCCGACGUGCCCGUCUUCGGCGACCGCCAGGGCGCCGACGAGGCCGGCCACAGGAUCAAACGAUUGGUAUCCGGGGGAUGUGAUAAUCUGGUGAAAAUUUGGAAGGAGGAAAACGAUAGGUGGGUGGAGGAAUCGAAGCUGGAAUUCCACUCGGAUUGGGUGAGAGACGUGGCGUGGGCGCCAUCGGUGGGGUUGCACCGGUUCACGGUGGCCAGUUGUUCGCAGGACAGGCGCGUGGUGAUUUGGACCAGCGACGAUUGCAGCACUUGGAACGCCACCGUGCUGCACACGUUCGACGAUGUCGUGUGGAACCUGAGCUGGUCGUUGAACGGAAACAUCCUGGCCGUGUCAGGCGGGGACAACAAGAUCACGUUGUGGGACGAGAGCUCCGAGGGUAACUGGAGGUGCAUCAGCGACGUCGUCAAAGGACAGGGCCAGGUAAAUAGCCAGUAGGUUGAUCGGGUUUUUUUUUGGAAGAGUUAUUGUUUUGUAAAAGAGGAUGUAUUUGAAUAAAGGAAGUUUUAGGAUAUAAUUGCAUAAUAUUAAACCACGGUUGUAUAUUUGUAAGCUCUGGAAACAUACAGGUCGAGAAAGUGUUCCGUUAUUUGAGGAUAAAACAGGGUUCCUAAAAUGGCCGCUUGGGGGCGAUGUUUUAAAGGAACCCGGUUUUUUGCGUAUGAAUUAUAUAGAAUUGGCAUUAAGAAUCUCCAUUUUCUCCUCGAAAUGUC